AUGCGUGCUAACAUCCUCCCCAUUGCGCUGCUCAGCGCAGCUGCCGUUCGCGCCGACGAAGCUUCGUCGUCUACCUCCACCUCUGCCGUUGAAAAGCCUACCUUCACCCCUACUACUAUCACUGCUCCCUUCUUCGAGCAGUUCACCGACGACUGGGAGGAGCGCUGGAAGGUGUCCCACGCAAAGAAGGAGAACACCGAGGAGGAAUGGGCCUACGUCGGCACCUGGUCCGUUGAGGAGCCCUCCGUCUUCAAGGGCAUUGAGGGCGACAAGGGUCUCGUCAUCAAGGACAAGGCUGCCCACCACGCCAUCUCGGCCAAGUUCCCCAAGGCUGUCGACAACACCGACAACACCCUCGUUGUCCAGUAUGAGGUCAAGCUUCAGGACGGUCUUGAGUGCGGUGGUGCCUACAUGAAGCUCCUGCAAGAUAACAAGGCUCUCCACGCCGAGGAGUUCUCUAACGCCUCGCCCUACGUUAUCAUGUUCGGUCCCGACAAGUGCGGCGCCACCAACAAGGUUCACUUCAUUUUCAAGCACAAGAACCCCAAGACCGGCGAGUAUGAGGAGAAGCACCUCAAGAACCCCCCGUCGGCCCGUAUCUCCAAGACCUCGGCCCUCUACACCCUCAUUGUCAAGCCCGACCAGACCUUCGAGAUCAAGAUCAACGGCGAGUCGGUCCGCAACGGCACCCUCCUCGAGGACUUCACCCCCGCCGUCAACCCUCCGGAGGAGAUUGACGACCCCAACGACAGCAAGCCCGAGGACUGGGUUGACCAGGCUAAGAUUGCCGACCCUGAGGCCAAGAAGCCUGAGGACUGGGACGAGGAUGCUCCCUACGAGAUUGUUGAUGAGGAGGCUGAGAAGCCUGAGGAUUGGCUGGAGGAUGAGCCCACGACCAUUCCUGACCCCGAGGCCGAGAAGCCCGAAGACUGGGAUGAUGAGGAGGAUGGUGACUUCAUCCCCCCCACUGUCCCCAACCCCAAGUGUGACGAGGUUUCUGGCUGUGGCCCGUGGUCUCCUCCCAUGAAGAAGAACCCCGCCUACAAGGGCAAGUGGACCGCUCCUCUGAUCGACAACCCGGAUUACAAGGGCCCGUGGGCUCCUCGCAAGAUCGCCAACCCCGACUACUUCGAGGACAAGACCCCGGCCAACUUUGAGCCCAUUGGCGCUAUUGGCUUCGAAAUCUGGACCAUGCAGAAGGACAUCCUCUUUGACAACAUCUACGUCGGCCACUCGAUCGAGGACGCCCAGAAGCUCCAGGAGGAGUCGUACGACGUCAAGAUCAAGGUCGAGAAGGCCGAGGAAGAGGCCAGCAAGCCCAAGAAGGACGACAAGGCUAAGUCUCCGCUUGACCUCGACUUCAAGGAGGAUCCUGUCAACUACAUCAAGGAGCGCACCGCUCUGUUCUUCGAGCUCCUUCCCAAGAACCCCGUCGGCGCCCUUACCAUGCUUCCCGACAUUGCGGGUGGCCUUGGCGGUAUUGUCGCCAUUCUGAUCGCCCUCAUUGCGAUUGUUGCCACUGGCGGCUCUGCUCCGUCCAAGCAGCAGGUCAAGGCUACUACCGACAAGGCUAAGGGCAAGGCCGGCGAGACCAAGGACAAGGCGGCGUCGGCUGUGUCGACGGGUGCGGAGAAGGCCGGUGAGGCAACCAAGCGGCGCUCGUAG